ACAUCCAGAACAGCUCGCGGCAAAGCAAAAGAGAAAUCAUGGAGAGCAAGUCCAACUUCAAGGCAGAAGAAGAAGAUCCAGAGGCAAUCGUGUGGGCCCAGAAAGCAUGGGCCCUACUAUCUUCAGUUCGAGCCAAAUCACCGCUCAUCCAGUGCAUCACCAACUUCGUGUCAAUGGAUCUGAUGGCCAACACUCUCUUGUCCGCGGGUGCAUCACCCGCCAUGCUCCACUCCAUAGAAGAACUCCCCGACUUCACGCCUCAGGUCCACGCGCUCUGCGUCAACGUGGGCACGCUCUCCGCCGACUGGUUACCGGCCAUGAAGGUCGCCGCUGAACUGGCGCACAACUCCGGCAAGCCUUGGGUUCUCGAUCCAGUUGCCGCCGGCGCCUCAGGUUUCCGGUUGAAGGCUUGUUUGGAGCUUGUGGAGCUUAAGCCUACUGUUAUUAGGGGAAAUGCGUCCGAGAUUAUCGCCCUCGCCAAUGCUUCUGUGGGACCUACCAAGGGGGCAGACAGUUCCCAUGAAUCAACAGAUGCAGUUGAAUCAGCAAAAUCACUGGCUCAAUCCAGUGGUGCCUUAGUUGCGGUUUCUGGAGCUGUCGACAUUGUUACAGAUGGGAAGAGAGUUGUUGGUGCUCGUAAUGGGGUUGCCAUGUUGACAAAGAUCACGGCAACCGGAUGUUCAGUCACUGCCCUGAUUGCUGCCUUUGUUGCUGUUGAUCAAUCUCAUGUUUUGGAAGCUACAGCUUCUGCAUUAUCGAUAUUUGGGAUUGCGAGCGAGGUGGGAAUGAAACUGGCAAAGGGUCCAGCUUCAUUGCGGAUGCACUUGAUAGAUUCACUCUACAGGCUCGAUGAAGUAUGUGUGCUUUCUCAUGUUAAAAUCGGCAGCUUGUCAUGAAAGAUGCGGAGCUGUAUGUGUGGUAUGUUGAUUACCAUUAGACCUAUUUUUGUUUAGAGUUCACACAUAUUAAGCAAUUACAUGAAUGACAAAUAACAAAUGAUACUUUGUUUUUGUAGAUAAAGUUUCUGAAUCAUUUACUGGAAAAUACUAUAGUAAUUGGAAGCAUUUCCUUGUAAAGUAUUUGAAACCAAGCUUUGUUUUGCUUUUGAACAUUUUUCGUUGUAUUUUUAACCUUUCCUUGUGAUAUAAAGAAACAGCUUGAAAUUUCAAACUUCAAAGACAGAAAAAGAAAAUAUUGGUGAUCCAUACAAGUUGUAAGCUGCUAUGCCUUUCCCAACUCCCGUUAUAUUGGUUUCAUAGAGGAUUUGGUUCUACAGGGAUAUUCUCUUUGAGGAUAAGACGACUAAGCCUGUUUGUGGCAGUGAGGCCUUCUUGAAAGGCCAUAGUUUGUUUAUUCACUAGUUAGUUACCGACCAUCAGCACUAAAAGUUUCACUUUUUCUGUAUUCUAUCUCAUAUGUGAGCAGAGAAUUUAUUCUUUUUAUAUUUACUCUAGCAAACCUGGUCCAGUCCGGUCCAGUAGGAUGUACAGAACUGGCUAGUAGUUUUCUUGUUUUGUAAGAUCAACUGGAGAGUAACUUUUUUCGGAUGUUUAUAUCAUAGAGUAUCUUCAUGCUUGUG